AUGCGCCCGUCCACCGCGCCGCGCGCCCGCCUCGCGCCCUCGCCGCUGCGCCCCCGCCGCGCCGCCACCGCGCCGCGCCCUCGCCGCUGCGCGCCCGCCGCGCGCCCUCCCCUCCACCGCGCCGCACGCCCGCCUCGCGCCCUCGCCGCUGCGCCCCCGCCGCGCCGCCACCGCGCCGCGCCCUCGCCGCUGCGCGCCCGCCGCGCGCCCUCCCCUCCACCGCUGGCGUCGCUGAACCACAUCAGCAUCGUGUGCCGGUCGGUGGAGGCGUCGCUGCGCUUCUACACGGACGUGCUCGGCUUCGUCCCCAUCCGCCGCCCCGGCUCUUUCGACUUCGACGGCGCCUGGCUGUUCAACUACGGGAUCGGCAUCCACCUGCUGCAGUCGGAGGACCCCGGCAGCCUCCCGCCGGAGAAGGGAGAGAUCAACCCCAAGGACAACCAUAUCUCCUUCCAGGUCAGUUGUCACCACAGCUAGCACCU